AUGUCACAGAGCAGCAACAAUUGGAAUCCAAUGAAAUCGAUCAACUGUGUGAUUUCAGAACCGUACUAUUUACUCCAUUUUCUAGCGUUCUUCUCAUACAUUCCCGUUCGCUGUUCCGCCUCUAACGUUUUCUCUCCUCUCCGCUCUUCUCAUCUCCUUUACAGAGAAAUUCAAGCAGUUCUUGCAUUUUGUGUUUUAUCAGCUGUUAAGGUGGUAAAAGUGGAAACAUGGGAGGCUUUCAUAUCGGAUACUUUAUUUUUUGCAAAGAUUUUCCUUGUUGCUAUUGCUUUGGUGAUGGACUACCACGUGGCUCUGUGGUAUGCAUUAGUAUUUUCUGUUAUAUAUUUUAUAGCACAACAACCUGCAUAUGAAGGUCUAGGUACGGCAAACCAACUAACACCGCUCCAGUUGGAAACUUUGCUAACUGAAGGGAACAAGUCAAAAAUCUGGCUGGUGGAAUUUCGUUCUUUGUCUACAUCCGGUUGCAUAAACUCAAGUUCCAUUUUUCCUGAACUCUCAAUUACAUACUCUAACAAAUAUUUAUCAUUCGGAAUAGUUGAUCUUGGACUCUUUCCUAAUGCUGCUGAGAAGUUUGGAAUCACUCUCGCAAGCCUACACCAGCUUCCAGUAUAUAUAAUGUUCUACGAUGGAGCUGAGUUGACGCGCUUACCUGAUGUGGAUUUUGAAACAAAAGUUUUCAAUUCUCCCAUCUCCAAGAAACUUCUUUGCCGGCAUUUUGAGCUUGAUAAACUUCUCCUCGAUUAUGUAAAAGCUAAAUAG